AAUGGGCUACAUAUAUAAUGUGAUGGAGAGGGCGAAAAAUAAGAUCAUGGACCAUUUUAACUAUAGAGACCUUGAUUACAGGCCAAUUUUAAAUAUUAUAGAUAGAAGACGGGGCAGCCAAAUGUCAUCCCCAUUGUAUUCGGUUGCUUACAUCCUUAACCCAGCCUGUUUAUUCACUUCUGCUGAUCCAACAGAAGCACUAACUAUGCAUAUGGUUGGAUUUAUUGAUGUCUUGGAAAGAAUGAUUCCAAAUAGAGGAGAACAGGACAAGAUCUCAACUUUGCUGGAUUUCUACACAAAAAGUGAAGGGAUAUUCUCAAGGGAUAUCGUAAUAAGACAUCGGACAAUGAAAUUACCCACUGACUGGUGGGCUGCCUAUGGAGUGGACUCGAAUAGGAAGGAUCCAGCUCUAAAGAAGCUGGCUAUAAAGAUUCUUAGACUCACGUGUUCUGUCAGUGGUUGCGAGCGCAAUUGAAGCACGUUUGAGGUAGUAAGUUUAGACUGUUUAGUAAUUGUUUUGUUUUUUUGUAAACUUUAAUUUUUUAGUGGCCCAAGCUAAAUUAAUUAGUUAAACAGCCAAUGCCAAAUGCACUUUCUUUCUUGCAGAUUCAUACCAAGAAAAGGAAUCACCUUGAGCAAAAAAAGCUCAACGACUUAGUUUUCGUUCAAUACAAUCAAAAAUUUUGAGAACGAUUCCAAAGUAGGAAAGAAAAGCCCGACUUCUUUGACCCUAUCUGCUUAGAUGAGUUAGAUGCAGAUAACGAGUGGCUCAUAGAGAUGGAGGACCCAGUAUUUGCUGGAGAGGAUCUGACAUGGGCACAAG